AUAGGAAAUAGAAACAAUGGCACAUGGUUUUGAUUUUCUCUCAUGGAAAAACCACCUUGUCUAACUCCCCUUUUAUACCCAUCUUCAUCCUUCUUCCCCCCCCAUUCCAUCCCACCCUAUCACCACAUCACCAGAGAUGCAAAUUUUCACUUCAUCAUCUUCUCCUUUAUUUUUACCUCUCUAUUCUUGUGUCCUAAACACGCAUAUACACAUACCAUCAAACAAGUAAACAGUACCAUACUUAUAAAACAAAAACUACAUGUUCAUAUAAACGCAGAGUCUUUUUUUUUUCCUUAAAAAAAUAUCUUGCAUACCCAUAUCUUAAUUUUGUAUUUUUAAGAGUUUUAAGCGAUACCCAUCUCUUAUUUUGAGGAAUUUUUGUUGUUUUGAGAGCAAUUUGUGGGGCUGAAUGGGGAUUGAGACAAGUGUGGCUAAUAAGAAAGUAAAACAAGUUGGUGAAUUGGCCAAGGAUAAGAUUCCGAUUCCGAACUCGAAUUUGAAUCCGAAAACCAAUACGAAUAGCAAGGGAAAGAGAGGCCGGCGGCGGCACCAUAAGAAGAUGGUGGCUGUAUCGCCGGUUCAGAAGCUGUUUAACACCUGCAAUGAAGUGUUUGACUCUUGUAGCACUGGAAUUAUUCCUUCUUCUGAUAAUAUCCAAAAGCUAAAGGCAGUUUUGGAUAACUUCAAGCCUGCUGAUGUUGGUCUCUUUCCUGAAAUGCCACAUUUUCAAGCUUCUGUGGCUGGGAGAACUCCGGUGAUAAGAUACCUGCAUCUCCAUGAAUGUGACAAAUUCUCUAUGGGAAUCUUCUGCUUGCCACCAUCAGGCGUCAUUCCACUUCAUAAUCAUCCUGGAAUGACUGUAUUUAGCAAACUUCUCUUUGGGACUAUGCACAUAAAAUCAUAUGACUGGGUAGCCGAUGUCCCUGCCACAAAGCAGACUGAGGUUCGUCUGGCCAAGGUCAAGGUCAACUCUAAAUUAACCGCUCCUUGCAACACCUCUAUCCUUUACCCUACUGAUGGAGGCAACAUGCAUUGCUUUACAGCAGUGACAGCUUGUGCAGUCCUAGAUGUGCUAGGCCCUCCAUACUCUGCUCCUGAUGGUCGGCAUUGCCAAUACUACCUCGACUUCCCAUUUGCCAAUUUCUCAGUGAAUGGAGUAUCAAUUCCUGAAGAGGAGAAGGAAGGCCAUGCCUGGCUUCAAGAGAGGGAGACACCUGAGGACUUGACUUUUGUAGGAGAACUAUAUGGAGGUCCAGUAAUCGUGGAGAAGUGAGCCUGCUGUACACCAUCCUUCACUACGUGUUGUCAUUGCCUGCCACCCAUUUUGAGUAGCAGAUUAGCAUUAGAUCUUUUAUUUCGUUUUUACCUUGUAUGCUCUUUUUUUUUUUUUUUUCCCUUUCUUUUCUUGUGGAACACAACACAAGGCACUUGGUGCCUUUUCACUAUAGCUUCUGUACAUAAAAGGGACCAUCUUGUAAGUGCACCGGAAAGAGGUUGAUAGCUCAAUAGCUGAAUGAGAAAGUGUUAAAAGUGCACUUUUUGAUCA